AUGGCUCAAGGCAAAGUUCUCCUCACUGGCGCGACCGGCUUCCUCGGCUCUGCCAUCCUCAUCGACAUCCUGAAGGCUGGCUACACAGUCCACAUAGCCGUCCGGAGCGACUCCAAGGCUAAGUUUGUGCGAGAAGCAACCCCCAUCGCCUCGCUGGGCAAAGACUCGGCCUGCAAGUUCUUCAUCGUGCCGGAUCUCACGGCAGAAGGGUGCCUGGAUGACGCCGCAGCCGGCACGGACCUGGUCGUCCAUUGCGCCAGCCCUACACCGUUCACGGACGGAGAUGUGGAAAAGAACGUCGUCGUCCCAGCGGUCAAUUGCACGCUGCGAGCUCUGGAAAGCGCCCAGAAGGCUGGAACAGUGAAGAGGGUGGUGGUGCUGUCGUCGCUGGGCGCGUUCGCCGGGCCCGAAUUAGUCGGAGGCACAUAUGUCCCAGAAGAGGAGAUCUUCCUGGGCGACAAGCCAAACGAUGACUUCGGGCCACCGUACUACAGCCCCUUGGUUGGUUACUGCGCGGCAAAGACAGCCGCCCUGAAACAAUCGCUCAAGUGGAUGGAGAAGGCUGUUGCGGAGGGAAGCGUCAACUUCGACAUGAUCAACCUGGCGCCAUGUUACAUCUUCGGAAAGGUGCCACUGGCGACUAGCAUGGCCGAUGUCUGGGGGACGAGCAACUCGGUGUUGCUGCCUCUGUUGACAGGCGCAAGCCUGUCGAAGGAUGGCGGACCCAACCCUCAGACACUGGCCGGCGGCUUGCUUGUUGACGACUUGGUGGAUGUCGUGCACAAGAGCCUGGAACUGGAUAAUGUCAAGACGCCGGAGUCAGGGCCCAGCAAGCACAUUGUCACUUAUGUACAGGCGGCCAGGUUCAAGUGGAACGACAUCUUCCCGAUUGUUUCGAGAAAAUGGCCCGAGGCCGUAGAGAAGGGUCUUAUCAAAGGCGACGGCGACUACCCCACGAAAGCGAACAUCAACUUUGCCAUGGAGGAGUUCACCAAAAAUUACGGCAACUUCAAGGUCAAGGGUAUUGAGGGGAUUCUUGACGCGACCGUUCCGUACUAUCUGGAGAUGAUGGAGAAGGAUAAGUCUGUGCCGGCCGCUGCUUGA